AUGCCUGAACCAAGGCAGCGCAGACAGGAUGCCGAGCCUAGCUCUGGCUCCGGCUUCAAGGGCGCCCUCCAGGGACUCGGACUUUUCCUGCUCAUGCAGUUUGCGAUGAACCAAUGGUUCAACAAGAAGGAGUCUAGUACUCCCGGUGCCGCACGUCCUCCCGAACUCAUCGCUCCUAUCUGGCCGUCCGAUACCUCUGUUGAUAUCAGCAUCUAUGUGACUCCCUCGAUUGUUGUUCCCUCGUUCAAGUCGCCGGAAAGUGUUCUUGUGCUGCAGGAGAAAAACUUCACCAUUGGCAAUUACAGUGACACCCGUGAGAUCGAGACAACCAUCAAAGUCCCGAAGCAGGUUCAGAACAACGGAACCCUCUACGCUCACUUCUUCCUCGCUCGUACUGGACAUCCGCUCGACCCGGCCGCUAAGGACUAUGAUACAGCUGAUGCCGUGCACUUCCUGCGCCCUCUGAACCAGUAUCUCCCCCACAAGAAAGCUAAGAAGCUCAAAAAUCUCCUGGCUGCCUCUGAGGGAGAGGAGGAAGAGGAAGAGGAUAAUACCCCGGACGUGUGGACUGCUUCUCACUACCAUCCUAACUUCACUCUUUCCAUGAUCCCCGACUCCGGCACUCAGCGAUUCAGCCAGAUGCACCCGGCCGUUCGUCAGCACGUCCAGCUGGAACGCACCGGCGCUCGCGACAUCUCUGGGAAGAAUGGCUGGUACUACCCCAUUGCCUUCCUCAAUACAUUCUGGCAGCUCAAGACCCACAUGAUCGUGCUCAAUUCUACUGUUGAGACCGUGCCCCUUCGCAUCACUCUCAACAACAUGGCAAACUGGAAAUUCAAUAUCCUUACUAGCAUUGACGGGGGAUCCAAGGCAAGCUCUCGCCAGGCUGCAUAUGGUGGUUCCGCCCCUGGUGGUGGCGAUGGCAACGAGUGGGAAAUGGUCAAGGAGAUUCUGUUAGAUACUAAUAUUUACCUACUUGGCACCACUGGUAUUGUCACCAUUCUGCACAUGAUCUUCGAGACCCUGGCGUUCAAAAGUGAUAUAUCCCACUGGCGCAAGAAGAAGGAUGUCGUUGGUACCUCGGUUCGAACAAUCCUGGCCAACGUCUUCAUGCAGCUAGUCAUCUUCCUCUACCUCAUGGACAACAGCGACAACACCUCUUGGAUGAUUCUUGCCAGUCAGGGUUUCGGUAUCCUCUUGGAAUUCUGGAAAAUUACCAAGGCUGUUGAUGUCCGCCUGCGUCCUCCCCCGGCCGGCUCUUGGUUCUGGUUCCUGCCCUACGUCAUUGUGUUCGAGGAUAAGCACAAACUCUCUGAGACCGAGCGGCAGACGAAGGAAUACGAUGAGAUUGCGUUCCGCUACCUGUACAUCGUGGCGGUGCCUCUGCUCCUCGCCUACGCCGGAUACAGCUUGAUGUACAACACUCACAAGUCGUGGUACUCGUACAUCAUCCAGACUCUUGUCGGCAGCGUUUACGCCUACGGGUUCCUCAUGAUGGUUCCCAGCUUGUAUAUUAACUAUCGCCUGAAGUCCGUCGCCCACAUGCCUGGAAAGGCUAUGGGAUACAAGUUCCUGAAUACCUUCAUCGACGAUCUUUUCGCUUUCACCGUCAAGAUGCCCUGGCUUCACCGCCUGGCUACGCUCCGUGACGAUGUCAUCUUCUUUAUCUGGCUGUACCAGAGCUAUAAGUACAAGGUUGACUACAAGCGUGUCAACGAAUUUGGCCAGGGAGGUGACAGUGACGAAGAGAAGGAGGAAGAGGUGGUAGAGGAGAAGAAAGCCAUAGAAGGUGAGAAGCAGGAGACUACUGCUCAGACUUCUAGCAAGGAUAACUCCGGCAAAGCCUCGACUCGCAAGAGGAAGUAG